AUGGCAUCCACCGAAAGUAAAUACGAUUCCAGCCCGUGCAGAGCUCCAACGCCACAGUUCUUCACCAAACUGUCGGCGCUGUUGGAGAAACCAGAGGUGCGAGGCUUGACGUGGGAUGAGAAAGGAAAAGUAAUUCUCGUGAAUGCAAAGAUCUAUGAAGAGGAAAUUAAUAUGUGUGGUGAGCUUCUGCCUGAGCUAAGGAACUAUCAGAGUAUGUCCAUGCUUCACAGCCUACUGUGUACUUAUGGAUUUAAAAAGAAGAUGGCAAAGGCCAGUGCAGAAGUUCAUGUCUUCCAACACCCGGAUUUCACAAGAGAGAACUCAUACAAAGAUCUUGAGAGCGAAAGCAAUAAAUCUGAUCUUUCAGCAGUUGCUUUACAGCAGAAGAGAUCCUUUAAGAAAAGGAGACGCGAUGAUGGGAAGGUGCUGCCAAGUAAUACAACAGUCUCUCCAAAAACACCUACAGCAUCUCUAGAAAACAGCAACAAAAUAUUGCCUGCAGGAAAACAUCGGAGAACAUUGUACCAAUACAUAAAUUUUGAUAACCCAGAAUUUAACAUACUUACUACAGUUGCAAGUGAUGUAGAACAGACUAUUCAGGAAAACAUUAGUGAAAGCAAACCAAAAGCAACCAUUCUAAGCCAGGAAACAACUCAACCAGCAGGUCAUGAAACCAAAGAGGAGUCCCUUUUACGCACUUCACCAAGUUUGUCUCUAGGUACACCAGAAAAGUCAGGGCUCAACAAAUCUUCACAAGUCUCUCUGGAUAUAAAUAAGAUGCUUAGUAUUUGUGCAGCUCCUUUGGUACCUCCACUUUCUCCACAGCCAAAAUGUUAAUAAGCGAGAAGAAUUAAAAUAACCUGUAAGUUCCUCUUCUUGAACAUUUAAUUUGUAAAAUCACCUUGAUAAUUACAAAUCAAUCUGCAUCUGUAGCAAUAACAGACAGAAUUUGAGAGGCAUGCAAACAUGUUUCAAAGCAUUA